AUGGCUGCGAUGCUAGAAUACCGAACGCAAGGGUAUAAUCCCUAUGCCGUCAAGUACUCCCCAUACUACGACUCGCGAGUUGCCGUUGCGGCGUCGGCCAAUUUUGGCAUUGUAGGAAAUGGUCGUGUAUUUGCUCUCGCAUUGACUGCGCAGGGCAUAGAAGUUGAGAAGACGUUCGAUACAAACGAUGCGCUUUAUGACUUGGCCUGGUCCGAGAUCAACGAGAACCAGCUGAUUGUGGCUUGCGGUGACGGAUCUUUGAAGCUAUUCGACUUGGGCGUGAACGACUUCCCAGUUAUGAACUUUCAUGAACAUAAAAGAGAAACGUUCUCGUGGUCACCGACACGCAAUCACUCGAUAAAGACGCUACCUAUCGGCACUUGUACUUACAGCACAUCCUUCUGCCCUUCCAACCCCGCCUUGAUAUCCGCCGUAUCUUCCGAUUCUCACCUACGCAUCUUCGAUCUCCGAACACCAUCAUCAGCAAAAUACCACCUCACAGCGACGAUACCCGUUCAUGCUUCAGGGCCGCAGCCAUCACCUGGUGCCUCUGCGCCAGCUGAGAUCCUGACUCAUGAUUGGAACAAGUACAGAGAUACGGUUAUAGCCACGGCUGGCGUAGACAGAAUUCUGCGGACCUUUGACAUACGGAACCCUGCUGGCGGGCCGCUUUCUGUUAUGCAAGGCCAUGAAUAUGCUGUUCGGCGACUUGCGUGGAGUCCUCAUUCGAGUGACACUCUCAUCAGUGCUAGUUACGAUAUGACGGUGCGUUUAUGGAAUGACGGGUCGAUGCAGCAGCAACAACAACCACAGGGUCCAGGGAUGGCUCCAUCAAUAGGUACUCAGAUGGGAGUAAUGAACCGGCAUACCGAGUUCGUUACAGGAGUUGAUUGGUGUCUAUUUGGUAUGGGCGGUUGGGUGGCUACUGUUGGCUGGGAUGAGAGAGUCUUAUUGUGGGAUGCCAACAUAUUGGCGUUACUGGGAGUAAGCGUGCCUGAUUCGAUCUUUGUCAUGGAUAAGAAUCUCCAAGCGUCAUGUCACGAGAACGAAGCACAUGUUGGGAUUAUCAUCAUUUCCUAA